ACCUUCAUUUCGCAUCACACGAUGGGCAUUUCAACUGCUGGACAUUUGCCUUCUAUCACAUCAACGUCUUAUCCAGCUCUUACAUCUCAUCUUCUAUCAGCAUACAAUGCACAAAAAGUUGGAAAUUGGACAGUUUCAGUGAGAGUACUGCGAAGUGUACUUUCGUUGGACAAUCAAGAUGGAACGGAUGGAUCACAUGGAAAUCAAACAAGGGCAAAGUUGAUGUAUGUCGUUCAAAUGAGCGAGUUUCCAAACGAUACUUUUGUUCUCAUUGAAGAUUCUCAAAGCGAGACCAGGGCGAGUAUUCGUGCGAAACAUGCAAUGUCUGUGAUGCAAGCUGCAGCAGUGGCAGCUGUUUCUUCUACAAAUCAAGAGAAUAGUACAGCCUCACAGCAGAUAGAUGCGGAACCGAAAGCACAGAAUGGGGUCGAUGCAUCUGCAAAUAGCAUACAAGCUGAGACACAGGUAGGCGGAGAAGAAGAUGUCAAAAUGGGAGACGUCAAACAAGAUGAAAAGACCGAAGGAAAGAAGGAAGAGGAAAGCAAGAAAGAUGAGGCGAGCGCUACUGAAGAACAUGAUCGAUCCACUGAUGCUCCUGCAAGCGCAGCAGAGGUAGACGACCUCUUUUCCGAUCCGCCCAAUUCCUCAGAAACACAACAUGCAGAACAAGUCAAACCAUCACAGAUAGCGUCGGAGCCUGCUGGAAACUCUUCUCCCAUACUGCCUUCUCCCGACUUCAGCUAUGUCUCUGAACGACCUACAAGACAUACACUCUUUGCAGCUUCUGCACAGUACCUUCUUUUGCUAUCCAGGCUCAACUUACCUGCUCCUUUAGGUGCUCCCUCCGUAGGCGAUGGUGGGAUAACAGCGGCUCAUGCAGGCCCAGGAGCAUGGGUACCUCGAGGUGCCCCGGUGUCAAUUCAAGGUGCAACGUAUGAUAUCCCAUCUGCAACGGGAUAUGGCUCGGGUGGUGCUGAAUGGCGUGUUCGAUUGGGAAUGGUACAAUCAAGUGGAACACGUAGUGCAGGAGCACUUGUUGAAAGUGAAUAUUUACCAAUCUUACGUUUAGCAAGUGAUACGUUUUUGUCCAAUUAUUUGCAUAAUUUGUUUCCUGCUUAUCUUACAACACCUUCUCAAGCAACAACACAACAGAACGUAAAUGGACUUUUGCAAACUGGAGUUGCUCAUUCUGCUCCUACGCCAGAACAAUGGCAAGAGGUCAUUCCUGCUUCUAAUCAAGCCUGGAUGGAAAGUGUGGGAAUCACUUCAACAAACGAUCAAGGGAUGAAAGAGGCACAACGGUUGCCGCUCCAGCAAAAAGAUCGAAUCGGAUGGCAGGGGAAAGAACGGGGAAGAAGGUUGGCCUAUCUCUACAUCACCCUCUUGCGUAAUCAAUCAGUCAUUUAAUCACAUCACUGUAAAAUCAACAAUUAAUGUAUUUUUAUUCAAAUCUAGAGUA